UUUUACCGAAGAUUAAAUUAACCUCUUUGUUGAGUACAGGUUAUUCAAAAUAUGAAAUUUUUACCAAAGAGGAACCAUUUUUGUGUCGAAUUUUUGGUUUUAUGUGAUAAAAUUGAAUUAAAACUGGAUAACUGUGUUGUGCCGAACCCGUAUCAGAUUUAAUAAUUUAAUGUUAAAAGAUGGAUAUAAGGGAAAUAGAAAUUCCAAUAUUUUUGCAUCCCCAUCUCUUUUGGAUAUUUUGGAGGAGAGACAUCAAGAAGAGGCUCCAGUUACAAAAUGAUCUCUCUAAAGAAUGUAAUCGUUUACAACCUAAGGAUGAAAAUUUCGAAAUUGGAGAACUUGUUAUGGUAAAAAAAAAUCUCAUUUGCAAACGAGCUAUAAUAGAGGAAAAACUUGAAGAUAGCAAGUAUGAAGUUUGGCUUAUUGAUUAUGGGCAUCUGGAGCAUAGUAGCACAGUCUAUAAAUUGAAUCCAAAGUUUAAUCUGGAUAGGUAUCCUCCAUUAGUUCAUCAAGCAAGUUUAUGGAAUGUUGUAUUUUUAAAUGAGGAUUUGAAUAUUGAGAAAAAUUCAAUAGAUCAACACAGAAAUCCACUUCCAAAUGCUGGAGCAACAUUGAAUGCUCUCCAGUUCAUGGGUAACUAUCAGUUAUUCUUCAAGAUACACAAGGAGGUGAACGGUAUACUAUUCGGUGAUAUUUUGUAUAAAAAGGAUGGUGAAACCACUUCUCUAACCAAAUCUCUGAUUGAUAAAAAACUGAUGGUAGAAGACGCGGAACUUUUUUCCAAAGUUGAAUCUAACAGAGUCAGUGAUAAAGUUUUUCACUUAGCAGCUUUGAGAGCGGCGAGUAAAAAGCAUGAAGACAGCAGGUUUUCUUUCGAUUUAUCACUCUUAAUGGAUGAAGUUUUCAUGAGAAAUGCGUCUAGAGGUAUUUCUGUGGUAAAUGAUGUCCAAUCACAAUCCCACGAAACUAAAAGUUCAGCGAAAGAUGUACCCAUAAGUGAAUUGAUGAGGAGUAUGAGAAAAAAAGCUGAAAUAAGGAAAAUGGAGACUUUGAGCUGUACUGAAUCAGAAAUGGAGGAAACUGUGAUAGAAGCUAAUAGAAAAUCUUCUUCAAAUGUGGAAAAACCACUUUCAAGAGCUAUGAGGCUGAAAAAUUUGAUCAACCGGAGAAGGUCGGCUCUUGAAGUUGGUCAAUCUUGCACUGAAGAAGUGACCAGUGGUUCUGAAGCGACCAGUGGUGUCAGCGGAAGUACAGUUUCCGUUACAAGCAAGUUAGCUGCUAUGAAACAAAGAAUGAAAAGACUUGAAGAAAAAAAUGCAAACGCUGGUGAUGAUAGAAAAGAUGAGCCAUUGAAAGAGAACAUAGGUGAACCAAAGAUACUUCAAGGUCCUCAUGCUGUCUAUCUUCCCGGUGGAAUAAGAGAUAGAAAGAAAGUGAAAGUUAGUGAUGCAUCAACUACUUCAGGCAGUAAAAAAAACACGACGAACUUAGUGACAAGUUCCAACUGUGAAAGUGAUCAAUCCUCGAAGGAUGCAUGUAGUGGAAGUGCAAAGGAGAGAAAUUUAUCCCAUUUGAGAAUUAACAUGAUGAAAAAAAGAGUGUCCAGAUCUCAAAGUGUACUGAGUAAUACCACUGAUGCUUCAGACGUAGGGGAGAUGGGUGACCGAGCACCUCAAAAAAAUUUAAGCGGUAUAAAUAUAGAUAAAAACCCUCCGAAAGUGAGUACUGAUAAUACUUCCUCGGAAAUCCAAAUUGCAAGUGUCGAUAACAAAUCACCAAGUAAAGAAGAAGAUUCGGUCAAGAAGGUCAGAAUUAACGUUGCCAAAGAAGAUAAGUGGAGUUCGUCGGAGAGUAUGGAAAGUGAGGAAGAAGUGAAAGAAACGGAGAAUGGGAUUAAAACAGAGUUGGUAUCUGGCAACGAUUCGAAAUGUAACCAUGAGAAUGCGGCAGAUUCCCAAAUGGUAAUAAAGCCGUAUUGCAACUGCGACCAAUGCCAAUUUUGGACAAAAUCCGAAGGUUGGGACAUCGGGCGCGAAAAUUUCACCGAAGAGGAAAAAUGUAAGAGGCAAAAGAUGAGGCCUUCGAGCCUCAUGCUGAAGGAGCAGAGAAAAGAAGAUGUCAAAUUGGCCUCUAUCGAAUACAGAUUUAUGACCAAAAUCGAGAAGGACGCCAGCUUCAAGAUACUAGUCCACGGCCGGUUGAUUCCUCAACCUAUCGAUCUUGUGGUCGAAGCACCGUUCCAUUCGGUCAUUCACAGGUCCCUCAAGAAGCUGAAAUAUAUCCGAACCAAAAAGGUUCAGUCUUACAUAUGGCCGGCCAUAUCCCGUUCCAUGAACGUGUGCUUCAUUCACAGGAAGCAAUCGGGGAAGACCUUGGCUUAUCUACCGCCUGUUUGCUCAUUUUUAUUAGAAAAGGAGGACAGAUAUAAUGAUUUGAAAAAGGGCGGACCUAUAGCCAUUAUUUUGGGAAAGUCUUCUAGCGAGUGCGAAGAUGUUUAUGAUCUAGCCAAUAAACUGAUGGAAGGGACGGGCCAUAACAAACCGAGGACGUUGCUGGUUACUUAUCCAUUUCAAUAUGUAAACUUGAGUUCAGUCGACAUGCUGAUCACCAUUCCUCCGAUUUUAAUCGAGCUUUUGAAGAGGAAUGCGACAAACCUGAAGCGGCUCUGCCAUCUGGUCCUCGAAAACAUAGACGUGCUUCUUGAGAAAUACCCGGAAGAAAUGAAAUCGACGGUUGCAGCAAUCGAAAGCAUGCUUCUGCAGAGAUCGACCAGACAGGGCGUCCAGAUGAUUAUGGGCGGCGAACAUUGGACGUUGAAAGUAGAAAAAUUUUUGAGCAAUCUGAGAGAUAUACCCCUUGUAUCUAUAGGGGAUUAUCUGGAGGCUUCUAUUUAUGGGGGCAUAAAAUUGAAAGUGAAAUUGUUGGAGGCGAAGGCCAAGUGUGAUGCUACUGUUGAUAUUCUGAGGGACGUAUGGAAAUUCCAUAAAUCUAUAAUAGUAUGCAAUACCAAUGAGGAAAUCAACCAAUUGAAGACUUCGCUGGAUCUUGCCAGUAUAUCUUACAUAGCAGUCACAGAUGAUCUUCCCGCUGAGCAAAUUUCCCAGUAUGAAAGCAAUUGGGAGAGUCACUGUGCGGGCCAGUUCAUAGUUCUCAUCUGUACCGAUCUUGUUCUGCACACUAUGUUAUCCAUUACCAGUGCAUCUUUGAUCAUACAUUUUUCGUUACCGCCGAAAUGGAGUUUUUGGAUAAAAAGGUUUUAUUGCCUGCUUGAAAAUUACAAGAGUCCUCUCACAAAAUCCAACGAUAAACUGAAAUGUGAGGGAUAUAUUUUAACAGACGAGCUUUGCGUAGAUCAAAUACCAAGAUUGUUGAAAUUAUUGAAGAACUACAAUGUUUCUUUGCAACAAUUUGAACCUGUUUGUAAGCAACUUGAAAUCGAGAGGGAGGAGGUCAAAAUCAAUGAUCAAAUACCGUUAUGUACUUCUUUGAAACAAUUCGGUUAUUGUCACACAGUGAAUUGCCCCGAAAGGCAUCUUCUCGAUCGUGAGCUGGAUUGCAACAACUCCCUACCUCAGAACGGAACUAUAAAAUAUAAAAUAGUCAAAUUAAUCGAUGUGAAUCAUCUCAAGGUUAACAUCGUUGAGCAUAGAGAUACUGAGGGUAAGAUAACAGGUUUCAAGUCCCAAAAAUUCCUCGACGAUGAGAAACUGACUUCUAUGAUGAACCAGAAGAAGGUGAAAGUUGAAAAUAUCGAUAAACAAUCUUCAUAUGCGUAUUGGGAUGAGGAAGACUUCAAUGAUAUGUUUAGAGAAUGUAUUGUAGAAAAUAUUAAGACUGAUGUGGUUGAUAUAUUGGUCAAGAGCAGUGGGAAAAGAACGACAGUGAGCAAAAGUAAAAUUUUCCAACUGCCCGAAGGAUUUAGCAGGGAUAAAGAUGAAGAAUCUUCUCACACAGAAAUCAUCAUAGCAAAUUUCAAACCUCCCUACAAGGACGAGAAAUUUUCGGCUAGAUCUUUUUUCAAACUCAACAGUUACAUCGAAGAUAUCGCAUAUGAUGAUAACUUUUUCGCUUCCAAUAUCUGCUUGCAACUUGAAAACACUAUCUGGGUCAAUACAGUAAACGAAGAAGUGAAUGUAUACGACUUGAAGUUGACAAAAUCGAACCUAACCAAGGAAUUGGUUAAACGGCAAUUGGCGGAAUUAAAUCUAGAGCAUAUGGAUAAUCUGUACGCACUUUGCAAAGAAGCUGGGAUAGUUCUACCAAAGUACAACGUUCCGGUCGAGGAGCAGAUCAUCCGAGAACCGCCUCAAACGACACCGCAGUGGGCUUUCUUAGAUAUGGAUUUUUGCAACAAGGUUUAUUUCUCGAGCGCUGUUACUCCAGAUGAGAUAUACGUGAGAUUGGUCAAAUUUGAUACUUUAUUGCACAGUUUGGAAAAAGAUUUGAUCGACGUUGCACUUCGCCAAGGUUCAAAACAAGACUUUGCCAUCAUUCAGGGGAGAUACUACCUUGCCAAAGAUCCCUUAGAGGAUAAAUUCAUCCGCGUUCUUCUGAAGAAAGUAGAAGACGGUAAAGCCCUGUGUUUUUCGGUGGAUUAUGGAGACGAAUUUAUCGUGCCUUUGGGGGACAUCAGAUAUCUCUCCAAUUAUAUGAUACAAAAACUGCCCUUCCAAGCUAUACAUUGCAGAUUGUUCGGGAUUGCGCCGAUAGAGGGAGAUUGGUCAGUCGAGGCGGUUGAUGUUCUAUACCAGAACUUCACAUUCGAAGCCGACUCGGACAUCUAUAAAACUUUGUAUGCGAAAUGCGUACUUUAUGAAAAAGGAAUGAACAAGGGACAAUCCUUCUUUUCCAUCAUGCUGAAAGAUGUUUGGGAAAAACCGAUCCUUAUAAACCAACUCUUGGUAGAUUGCGGAUGGGCUGAAGUGAUUUCCGGAUUUACGUUGGACGAUUUCGAAGUCCCGGUCGUACAAUUCGAGAGUGAAGGGGAAACGUCGGAUUUCGAAAAUGACGAGGUUGAAAAAAUCAAAGAAAUCGUCAAUACUUCCAAUUCGAUCUCUUCCAAUCAAGUUAUGCCCAAAGGUUUCGCUCCCAGAGAUCGUCCCAAGUUUACCGAGGAGAACAAUGAUCUAGAAUUCUUUUGUGGCAGUUCCGGAGACGAGGUCGACAAUUUUAUUGAAUUCAUGACUGCGAUGACUAAAAACUCAAUGGAGCAAACACACCCCGUUAACACUCACAAUGCUCUUCCGGCCAUUGAAGCUGCUCCGUUUGAGGUAGAUUACCUCACACCCGAUGUGUACUGGAGUCAAACAAGAAAAACCGUAGAUUUGCAUAUAAAAUUGCCAAAUGUGCAAAAUUACAACGUUAAACUUCUGAAGUCGAGGAUUUUCAAUUUGGAAACCACUGUUGACGAAAAGAAGUACGUAGUAAACCUGGUGUUGUAUGAAAGCGUAGAAAAGAACUUCAAACAUAACCUUGGAGGAUUGGAGAUAAAAGUCACCCUAACAAAGAACAAAGAGGAAGAAUGGCCCAAACUGUCGAGGAGCAAGAAGCGUUUGAGGAAUGUGUACUACAUGCUCAGCAAGGAGGAGAUGGAAGAUAAGGACGACAAGAAAUUGUUUUUAGACUUUGGAGAAGAAUUCCACAUGGAGACUGAUAACGAAUCUGACGGUGCCAUUUUUGACGUUUAUACAGACGAGGACAGCGAAUACGAACAGGAAAUUCCCGAUGAUAUCAUAGAUCUCUCGUGAUUUAUUUGACAAAUUUGUCAGGACCGUUGACAUCCAAUCUUGUCAGUAUUACGAGUGAAUCCCAUUCAGUUACUACUUUUUUUUUCAUGGAAUUUUUUUUAUUUUCCAGUUUUUUCUUAUUCUUCUAUAUGUGAGUUUUCAAUGAACAUGUGAUUAUUGUGUUAUUGUUAAAUGAAAGUUUUUAUAUUUUGUUUGAAGAAAUUUUAAAGGAUGUGAUGUAAUAAAAUGGGAAUCUUUGUACCCUCUUAAGGAAAAAUGAAAAUUUUCUGAUAUAAUGUUAUAUUAUAAUGAUCAAUUAAGUUUAUAUAUGUAAGACACUGAGACUGUUUUUUAUGAAGUUUUAAAUAUAUUUUCAUAACAAAAA